AUCAUCUUCUCCCAAUAACCAUCGCCAUCACCACCAUUGUGCACAGCUCCGAAGGAAAAUUCAUAGAUAAUCCAUUGCCUCUCGAUGUGUCGCCUUCCGUAGUCCGUACCCUUCGCUUCCUCCCCUCUCUCGCCUCCUUUUCGACUUCUUACCGACGUGCCCCCGAUUAUGUCCAAACAACAAUUGUCGAGUCUCGCAUGUCUCCCGCGUGCGGAUAACGUCGCGUCCUAGUCUGACGUUGCUCUCUCCUAGCCUCAUACCCUCACACGCGGAUGCUUCGAAAACGAUCCCGAUCCUUUAAUCUGCACGUUAGCAGUGGUUGCUUCUGCUACCGCUGCUACGAACACCAGACGAGCUCCACAGGCGCACUCUUCGCAUCUUCGAUGCGGGGACAAAGUCGAUCAACAUGGCACUUCCGACACCCACCUUCAUGGCGGGGCUGCUGCUUCUGGCCUACCUCCUAUCUUUCGUCCUCUUCGCCUUCGCCCGCGUAGUUACUGGCAUCUCCAUCCAGCGUAUCGGCAUAUCAGGCCUUCGGCGGAUCGCUUUAACCCCAAAGGACGGCCUGCGCAUCGAGAUUCGCGGCCUCGGCCUCACACUGCACCGACCAACAUUUGCGCAGCCCACCUGGGUCAGUGUGGUCGUGACGGAAUUGAAGGUUACACUCGAUCUGAAGACACUGGGCGAUAGGCCGCAUAAGAGAGCUACAUGGGCCAAAUGGGGCAAUGAUCCUGCAGACGAGUUAAAGAAAAACAGGCCUAAUGCAUCUGAAUCCGAGGAGGAAGAGGAACUUGACGAUGCACACAUGGAGGAGAGCCGACGGAGCCGUACAUGGGAGAAGUUGACAAAACUCAAGGAGCGAAUAAAGCGCAUCCACCGCAAGAUCAAAUGGAUUCGACUCGUGGACUUGGUUGCAACGACUACGACUCUUGUCGUUGUCGAUGUAGGAUCCCUUCAGAUCGGUAGUUUUUCAAUGGCUGUAGAUACGCGCCGGAAGACUGUGGACCGCAGCCGUUUGUUCAAUCAUCAUAAACCUGAUCCGACCAAAAAGCAGCGACCUGCCGAGUGGAUAAUGACCGCACGAAGUAUCUUCUUCACCCCUGACGGAGGCGAUUCUACCGAAGUGCUGGAUCAUUGUGCGUUGAACAUCCAUGGAAUGCUAUAUAAAGAACUGGACGGCCUCCGUGACGCUUCAAUUGCACUGAAGCUUGGUAGACUGAGCAUCCCAUACGAUGAUGUUAAGGUAUGCAUCAGCCGGGCCAAGAAGUGCCAUGCUGCAUCGUCACAAAAGGGACCUCUGCACGGACACCAAAGUACCUCUGUAGCAGACAUCAUAACAGAAGCAGACGAACCAUCGAGUCAGGAAGAGAGUCUCCUACGAACCGUAUCAGAUUCGAAGGAGUUCGCAAGCUCGAUCCUUCGAGGCAUUCAAGAGUUCCAAUUUGCAGUAAGCUUCUUGGGUCUGACCAAAGAGAUCAAAAGCAGCCAUGGAUCGGAGCCAUCAAUCUUUCUCAACAUGUCUAUGAAGGAGGUGGGAAUGGAUCUCCUGCGCCUUGAUCCACGUAGCCCCGCACAUCUCAUGUAUUUCUCGCCCAAUGACAUCGCCCACCAGGCUCUUCUUGCGGCUAUCUCAGUUUCAGUUGGUAUUGAUGAUGGACAUGACCAUCCAGAACGUCUUCUUUAUAUACCCAUGGCCACGAUGACACUCAAUACCACCCUGCCAUCGAAAACGAUACAUUUUUCCAAUCACAAGAAUAUGGCCGAACGAAAUACAAACAUACUAUUCGCUAACCUCGUCGUUACUUCUCCAUCCCUGGAUCUCGACCCAAAACAUCUACCCCUUCUGCUGGCCUUGUUCCGCAACUACGAGACUCGACGGAAGCCGGAAAGCUUACAACGGAAUCAGAAAAGGUAUCUAUUGCGUAGGCUUCUACCCAAAGCCAGCAUCAAAAUAUCCAUCCAUGAGCCUGUUGUCCGCGUUACUCUCCCCCCUAUGGAACCUGAGAAGCAGAAUACUGAUGAAUUCGAUUUGCUUAUAUCUGCCUCCUCUUCCGUAUCUCUUGAUGUCGAAUCUUCUCAUGCUGCGGACGGGGAAUUACAUUACGCUCUCAUUUCCACAUUCAGGAUGAACUCGCAGCAAUUGUACUACCAGACUGCGUCCAGCGAGAAGCACAACCUUCUCUUGACUGAUUAUCUCGAGCUCAAAAUACAGCUUAGUGCAUCGCCCGAUGUGAUUGUGAUGGUCAACGGGACUGCUCAAACCUUCUCUGUAUACGUCGUGCGACCCGAGAUUAGUGAAGGUCUACGGCAAAUCAUAUCCCAGAUCCAGAAAGAUAUGAAGAGAAGACGCGGUGCCCCAAAGAAGAAAGUGCUGAAUUUUCUCCGUAAACUCCCUUCAUGGCUGGUGCAUGUUCAGCUACAGGGCUCGGAUUUCAACUUGGAGGUUGCAGGGGCUGAUCCGGAGGUUUCUAGAAGUUCUAGGGGAGUUGGCCUCCACCUCGAAAGCUGGACGGCCGAGUACCGACAGAGCAAGGCGGAGGAGUCAGAGGUGCGACCAGUUAGACGACGAGCACCUAGUCGAAAUAUCAACCGCGACGACUACUUGCUCCGCCCAUCAACGCCCUCAUCACCCAAUUCCCCUCGUCGGCAAUUGGCCAAUAGUACUGACGGUAGGCGACUCACUUUACAUUGGCAAGGUCUCGAAGGCUUCGCUAUGGAAGCUGCCGAUACCUGGGAGCAAGAUCCAUUCAUUUCACUGCCACGAAUGGAGGUUGCCUUCUCUACAUCCUCCGAUAAGCAAGGCCCAAUCUUCCACAUACAUUCCUUCUUGCAGAGCUUGUUCUUCCAUUACUCUCUCUAUCGUCACUUUUCGGUCGGUAUUGCGGUAUCAGUUCUACAGCGCUCAUUCAAUUGGAACGCUGAGCCUCAACAGACCUCCUUGUCACCUGAGAAAAUGCGGCAUCACUUGGCAGUCCCUUCUGUGGACAACAAUGAUGACCUCGAUCCUGCGACUGGGUUGAAGCGUGAAGUCGUUACAGUGGAUAUCAAGGCGCAAUUUAUCCAGAUCAAAGCAAACAUGCCCUCGGAUCCACCGAUGAUGUUGCACAUAUAUGGCCUGGAAGGUGGACGACACCGAUGGACCAAUCCCUUCUUGAGAUCACGCUUGGUGAGACUGUAUGCCGAAAGUCCCCACAUCAAGCGUGUCUGGGCAAGAAUAGUGAGCGUCAAAUCUCUACGUAUCGAUUAUCGGCACUCGAAACGACGAUAUGGCAAUACCAUUACUGAUGAUAAAUCGUUUGAUAUUGCAACUGAUGCCAUUCGAUUAGCGGUUCCUCAUCAACUAGUCAUGCACAAAGUCUUUGAUAACUUUGCGAAUCUCGUCAAAACGAUAAAACAAAUGCACCAUCGCUUCAAGACAGGUUCGAAUGAAUACAUCCUUGCAAAAGGCCCGGAGGGUCCAAAACAUGUACCUAAAAUAUCAUUGCGCAGCCGGGCUGUUCUUUUCGAGAUCGAGGAUGGUUCUUUUGAGUGGAAACUCGGCGUCAUCUAUCGAUACGGGCUCAUGGAACAGAAGCAAAGACUAGCGCGGGAACAGGCAUUUGAACUCAAAAUGAAAAAACUUCGUCAGGAAAACGAUCGAAGAGGGACCUCCAGACAGCGCGCCAGGUCUGCUCACACCUUUCGUGGCCGGAGCAAAUCCAAAAAGGCCAGGGAAUUAAAGGUUCGCAGCAAGAGCGAAGAGCGCAGCGAUCCUGAAGAUUCACCUGAUAACGGACGGCAUGGUGAUCAUCCCAUGCGGUACGAUAAGCAGGGCUAUAGCGGUUUGAGUGGGUCAUCGCGGACAUCGAUCGAAGAAGCCCGAGACAAGCUCAACCGCCUCAAUGCGCAAACCUGGAGGAAACGCAUUGAUCACGCCCUCACAUGCCAGAAUCGCUCUAUCAAUGACAUUCGAUCCAUAUUCUGGGGUCUCGACGACAUGCCAGAUGAGGUUGACCAUCGUGAAACUAUCCUCGCUAUUCCUCAACGGCCUGCGUUGAUGGUGUUUGUGAUCAGCGAUCUCGACAUUGUCAUCGAUAAACCUUCUUUCCCACUAUCAGAGUAUCCCAAAUUCUUGAAUAGUGUUGGGAAAGGCAUGCCAGUUGACAUGCAGUACUCACUGCUCAUUCCACUUCAUGUGAAGUUGAAUGUGGGCGAGGCCAAGAUUCAGCUUCGAGAUUAUCCACUUCCUCUCAUCCACAUUCCAGCCAUUCGGCCAACACAAUCUGCCAGACUGCCGAGCUUGUCACUAAGAACAGACUUUGUCAUUGCUGAGGAAUAUCGUGAUUUUGAAUCAUCACGAAUUAGUCGAGUUGUAGUUGUUCCGCCAGAAAUUACUAACGACGGAGAGCCAACCGGCGGAUUUGCAGUUGAUGUUCGACGAACAGUAGCACCCGUCAAAACAUACUCUAACAUGAAGAUUGAUGUCAACUCAGCUUAUCCAACGAGGAUCACUUGGGGCACCUCGUACCAACCCGCUAUUCAGGAUAUGAUGCAAGUGAUCGAGAGCUUCACCAAGCCAGCAGUGGACCCAUCAGAGCGUGUGGGGUUCUGGGACAAGAUAAGGCUUACUUUCCAUUCUCGAUUCAAUGUAUCCUGGAAAGGUGAUGGUGACGUGCAUCUGAUUCUCAAAGGGGCUCGUGAUCCAUACAUGGUGACCGGUCAUGGUGCUGGAUUUGUUAUGUGUUGGCAGAGCGAUGUCAAACUCAGCAUUGCGGAAGACGAUGAUCCUCGAAAUUUCAUGAUCGUUAAUAGUGGUGGUUUUGUCCUUGCAAUCCCUGAUCUUGGCCACUACGCGCGACAAGAAGCUGACCUGGAAGCGUCGGGCCAUACCGAGACAGCAUCGAGUAUCUCGAGCUACAAGCAGUUGGCAAUCUUUAAGAAAACCAUAAUGAAACUAAACGGAAACGUGCGUUGGCUUGCCGGCCUCGUAUUCGAGCGAAAUCUCGAGGAGGGUGGCCGAUCGUUUGACUUUAUUCCCCAUUACGAUGUAGUGCUGAAGAAUCCGAAAUAUGCGAAGUCGGUUGAUGGAAAGGAAUACGACGCCUUCCGAGGCUUUCGAAGUCAUCACAUUCAUAUGUCUGUUGCAGUCGCCGCCCCCCAUGACCGCGAAUGGUCGGUGUCUAAUCUUGAGCCAUCCAAAACGUACAACAGCGUUCACCUCACGCCACGGUUCUUCACGCAUUUCUUCAACUGGUGGUCAAUGUUUUCUGGUGCCAUGUCUCUGCCCAUCCGACAGGGUAAGCUGUGGCCUGGAAUUGAGAAGUCGAGUAAAAAGUUUGGCCGACAUUUGGCUACCCUCAAGUACAAUAUCCUCCUUUCUCCUCUCUACAUGGCGCAUGUCUAUAAACAUAAAGAUGCCGAAGAUUACGACCACGAAGCCGUUGCCUCGACAGGCCUCAAGGCUCGAGUGGACAGCUUUAUGCUCGACCUGCACCAGCGUCGGGAGGAGUUCAGAACGAUUGUUCAGGCACCGAAAAAUCAAGAGGAUAGCAAGCAAAAUCAGACUACAGGGAUGCGCAUUAAUCAAGUCCAAUUAGACCUCAUCAAGACUGAUGUCCGCGCUGUCUCGGCGAGCAUCGAGGGUACAAACGAAGAGGACGUAGAGGGCGCCACUUCUGAUACGGUUGCCGGAUACAAUCAAGAUCAUAUUAAAGCCGACUUAUCAAAGUUCACCAUUCCGGACAAUGACUGGGGAUGGGUUGAUAUGGAUGAUUUUGUAGAGCUUGGUUGGAUCCUGCCAUCAGACAGGAACCCAGAGACCAAAAUCCUGCCCCUUGCCUUCGCACCUCGUUUCACCUACUUCCGCCAAACGGAUCACUCCGACAACAUAUCUGGCGAUACUCAUCGAUCAAGUCCUUUCGGAAGAGAACCUACUCAUCAUUGUGUCAUGUCGGCAAGGAACGACCCGCGAAGGGUACAAUGCCAUCUGAUUGAGGAGCGCCUAAAACGCGUCAAAGAACAGUUACUUCAAAAUGAGCGUGCCAUCGGAGAACAAGAAUUGCGAAUCGUACGGGAAGUUGAAAAUCAAGGUGAACUUCGUAGCCGACUCGAUCUACUACGUCACCACACUAUCUUUCUCAAACGUAAAGAAGACUUCUUACUGGCUAUGCAUCAAAGCCUCAUUGAUCGGCUGAAAUCUGCCGAUCUUCGGGCGGUACCGAGUGGCAACAAUGAUGAAGAUGAUGAAUACUAUGAGGCACGGGAGGAAUAUGACCCUACUGAUCCUGGAACCAAAGGCACAGAUUCGACUCCGACUGCUGACUAUAUCAGCGAUUUCAACAACAGGUUUAUUAUUCACAACGUUCAUUUGAAGUGGAGCAAUUCCUUGCGAAACAUAAUCCUGCGCUAUAUACAUCAAGUGAGCCAGCGUCGUGGUUUUGUAUAUUACAUGUCCAGAAGAGCAGUCAAGUUCAUACUUGACAUCGUCGAAGAGCAAAACAAGUCGCGGCAAUCGUCACAGUCGAACAACGAGAGCAAGUUCAUGCAGGAUGACGAGCUGAGCGUCGAUGAGCGAGUGCAACAAUUGUUAGAAGAUGGCAAGAAGUUUGUCAACGCAAACGAUCCAGGAGAUACUGAAGCGUCCAAGGCGUCCCAGAAGAACGAUGCUGCUGACGACAUUGCUAUGGAUUAUAUCGCCCAGAACACAUACAUAGUCCGGUUAAUUGCGCCGCAAAUCCAACUACAGAGCGAAAAGAAUACGAAAGCCGCGGUUCUAGUUACAGCCAAGGGAAUGCAACUGAAGGUCAUUCAGAUUAUGGAUAAAGACCGCGUCAUGGAUGAGGUGUCCGGUCUAGUUCAACGGCGAUUCUCCGCGGCCAUGGAUAGUUUACAGAUCUUUGUUACCAACGCAAAAACAUUCAGUCCCGAAGACAUCCACAUGUAUUCUGGAAGCACCUAUGGCACUCCUGCGGGUUCUGCAUGGCCUCCCUGGGUACCAUUCGAGGUCUUAUUCGAUUUCCAUACCAACCCGUACGGCUUCCAAAGGGUUGUGCAAAGGACAUCGGCGAGUAUGCGAUUUGACAAGCACAACACUCUUCGCCUCAAGUACAGUGAUGAUGUCUCCAGAGGCGACUCCAGUUCGUCGCCACACUCUGAAGGCAUGGAAAGCCGCAUGGAUCAUCUGUGGGUUGACUUCCCUCAUGUCAGAGCACUUUGCAACUCGCGACAAUACUAUGCCAUGUAUGUUAUAGUGCUUGACCUGCUACUAUACAACGAGCCUUUAGAAAAGACUAGGAACGAGCGACUCGAGAAGAUCAUGCUCGCGUCAGACUUCAGUGACCUCACCGGAGCCCCUGCCUUAGUCAUUGGUCUACAAGAACGGAUAAGACAGCUCGAGGAGAUAAAAACUGUCUUUCAGAUCAAUGAAAAGUACUUAGACAAGCAAGGAUGGAACGACCGUGUCGAAGUAGAGAAAGACCUGGCAGUGUUUGAGGACGAGCUGUUCUUCGUCAUGAAAGCCAUCACCACUGCGCAACGUAAAUCGGAUGAUCGCGCUCAAGCAAAGCAGUCUACUGGGGUUUUGCGAUGGUACAUCUCCGCCUCGGAAAUCGUGUGGCACCUACUGCGCGAAGGCCAAGAAUCGCUGGCUGAAUUUCAAUUGAAGAACGCGCUUUACGACCGGACUGACAACAACGAUGGAUCAAACCUCAAUUCCAUGGAAAUCGAACAGAUCACCGGAUUGAACCUGCUUCCAAACGCGCUUUAUCCCAAAAUGAUAUCUCCUUACUUCGAGAAUAAGGGUGUCGGUGAUGACGACGAACCGGAUACCAAAAUGCUAAGGGUGCAUUGGGUGAUGCUUGAAGCCAUCGCUGGUAUUCCGGUCAUGGACCAUUUCGAAGUCAACCUUUUUCCGCUCAACAUUCAACUCGAGUAUGAGAUCGGCAAGAAACUGUUCGAGUAUAUCUUUCCGGGUGUAAAAGACAAUUCGGCAGAGAAUGGCGGCUUUUCGCCCUUCCUCAUCAAACACGCUCUACCUACAAACGAAACACAGGAUGAAGAUGGAGACAUGGGUAGCAGUACCAACUCGACAGUGCCGUCAAGCAUGUCAUCUUCUUUUCCUGAGCAUGAGUCAGAUGCAGAGGCAAUUAAACUACGACUGACACCAACACUGCAUCUACCGGUUCCGUCCGCAAAGACGGGUGAUAAAUCAAAGCACGCUGACAAGAGACCCAACCCACAUCACCUGCGCAUUUUCCGGGACUUCCAUUCUCGAUCUGGCACUGAUUUACGCAGGACGCUUCAUCCCAGUACUGCGGAAGCUCCUCCCAGCUCCUCUCGGCCUGGCAGUUUACGUUCCGGCUCAAAUGUUUCAAUCAAUACCACUGACUCUGACAAGACAGCCAAGCGCUUCAUGCUCUACCGAUCUGCGCCGGGGGAGAAGCGAAAUGAAAAGAAGCCCAGAUCGGAUGAUCUGACCUUGAUGAUGACACGUGCUUCGAAUUAUAUGACACUCGCGUACGUACGGAUACCCUCUAUGGUUCUCUGUUUGUCAUAUAAAGGCAAGGGGCAGCGCAAUUUUGAAGACGUCCACGACCUCGUAUUCCGCAUGCCGACUCUCGAGUAUCGUAACAAAACUUGGUCAAAUCUUGAUCUCGCUCUUCAGCUGAAACGGGACGUCAUCCGUGCUUUGAUAUCACAUGCAGGCGCUAUCGUUGGGAACAAAUUUUCGCACCACCGCCCGUCCAAGCAUGCGCAGUCCCGCCUUCGUCAAAUUGCGAAUAGUUCCGCAGUCCUCAAUACGUCACCCGAUCUUUCUGGAACCGACUCAAACAGUAUUCGCGAUAUUUCACCAGGUGGUAGUGAUGCAUCGGGGGAUCGACCACGUAGAUCUUUCACAAGUGGGAGAGCCAGUGUGUUCUCUACUGUCAGCGAAGAGAGUAGUAUGCACAGCGGGCGAAGCGGGGUAGACGUUCCAGGCAGCGUUAUUUCCGGUAGUUGGAGGGAAGACGGGAAUUUAGAGGAUGGUCGGGGUUUCGCAGACGAACUGAGCCGGGUGGAUCCUACAGAACCAAAUCAUGCGAAUAUGAUCUCGAACCUGAGCCGCCAUGUGACCCAACUUGCUCCAUUUGCUCAUAAACCUCGAAGUGGAAGCCUGAAGGGCUCAUCCAACGUGGCAGACGAACCGGAAGAUGCUAGUCGCCGCAAGACCAGGGUUACGCUUGGCAAAAAGAUCCUCUCGCAUUUACCUGGACCGCGAGCUUCGGGUCAAUGAGUUCUUCCAUUUGCCGAGACUAUGCACUUCAUUUUGUUCGAAUUAUGGUGAUCAUCGCAGGCUUCACUCGUACCUUUCUAGCAUCUCCGGCGUUUGCAUUUUCCCAUGCGGGAAUCAUCCUUCACUACAGCUAGUACAUCAUGUACUCUCGAAGCGGUGUUCCAACGGCGUUAAAUUUCUCGAUCGUCUGCCAGUUCCGAUGGGUCAUCGGCGGGCUGUAUUCCUCGUUUCACAUGUUCUUGCUUUCUAUGGCAAGCUUGCUUUAUACAUGACUAGUUUCUAGUUUCACAUUUUCGCAUUAUCUCCAUAAUGCUUUCACUACAAGUGCGUGAUUACUGCGUUUAAUCAGGUUCAAUCUCGGCCACACGCUUACGCCUCACUUCCUUCUGCUUGUACAGCGUACAUCGAGCCUAUUGGCAUAAGCCCUCGAUGUUCAUAU